UGGCUUCCUCCCUCCUCUCUUCACCUCUGAUAAUUAUUGCUAUUCCUGUAACUUAGGCAGAUUAUAAAAUAUGAAUCAGUCCCCCAUAUAUUUGGAAUAAUCAUAAAAAUUCCUAGAAAUAGGAAUAGUAAACAAUCGAAGGAAUACACCUUCCUACGCCGAACCGCCGUGUUACGGAACCGCGUAACACGGCCGACAACCACAGCAUUAUACCCGGCAAUGGCACAUCUUUCUCUCACCUUCAAAUUUAUAUUACCAUUUCAGUUAGCUGGAUUUGUUUGGUGAAGAAAGGAGGCGAUCAAAAGGGGGAAUUCAAUUGAGAAAUUCGAAUACUGAUUCCAACACAAUGACGAGACAAUUCGGGCUGCCCCCGGCGUCAUCGCGGCAGCCGCUGCUUGACGGCGACUUCUCAUCGCGCGGCGGAAUGAGGCGGGUGAGGGCGGCGGAGAUGGCCGGAGGAGCGACGGCGGAUUGCGCGGCGGUGGUCUGCUGCUGCCCGUGCGGGGUUCUGAACUUGGCUGUGAUGGCGGUGUACAAGGUGCCGGCAGGGCUGUGCAGGAAGGCUCUGCGGAAGCAGCGCCAGCGCCGGCUGCUGAAGAAGGGGAUUCUGCAGCCGCCGCGUGGCGGCGGCGGCGGCGACGACGAUGACUACUUCUUCCAGCUCCAGUCGAACGGAAGCUCCGAUAGCAGCGUCUCCACCGCCUUCGAUUCGUCGCCGUACGACAACGCAGAGGUGAUUGAGCUCGAGAAAGAGAUGGUGAAUAAAUUCUACGGUGCCGGUUUCUGGAGGACUCCGUCGCAGAAAAGCGAAGCCUCCGGCCUCACAUCGGUCGUCUCCAUCUAGUAAAUAAAUACUUGUAAAAAAUAAUUUAAUUAAACGCUUCAAACAUAGGUACCUUCCAUCUUCCCCCAAAAAAAAGAUGAAGAAAGUGUAUAGAUGUUCGUUAUUAAAAUUUGUGGCUUUUGCUUUCGAUUGGAAUUUUUAUUGAAUCAAUCUUGUAAAUACUGGCAUAGGAGGUGAAGAAACUCUUUGUGUUUUCCACAGUAUGGAUACAAAUUUUCAAUCACAAUCUAUUUGUCUCUA